AUGGCCAGCCAGUGUCAGGACAUCCAGCAGCUGCUGCAGGCUGAGAAGCGGGCUGUUGAGGUGUCAGAAGCCCGCAAGCGAAAGAAUCGGAGACUGAAGCAGGCCAAAGAAGAAGCUCAGGCAGAAAUCAAGCAGUACCGCCUGCAGAGGGUUAAAGAGUUCAAGGCCAAGGAAGCUGAGGUGCUGGGAUCUCACGGGAGUUGCAGCACUGAAGUGGAGAAGGAGACCCAGGAGAAGAUGACUGUCCUCCAAACCUACUUUCAGCAGAACAGGGACGAGGUUCUGGAUAACCUCCUGGCCUUCAUCUGCGACAUCCAGCCACAAAUCCACAAAAACGAUCACAUCAAUGGCUAGGCGGAGAAGAAAGCCACACCUGUGCCAGUAGA